UCAUCCACCAACUCACAAUAAUAAUGUCAUCUUCACUUCUCCCCUGUUUCGCUCUUUCACAUCUCACUAUCUCACACUCCCCAACUCGCUAAACGCAACUCAACAAUGAGUCGACUCACCGCACUCGAACUCAUCGACCUCACCACCCCUUCUCUCUUCUUCGAACAAACCACCCAAAUCUUCUCCCCCUUUCUCACCCAGCCCCUUGAUCUCCUCGUCACACCCCCCUUCUUCGACCUCCUCGAGCCCCCAACUCAACUCGUGACUCGCCGAGUUACCCCCACCGAGUUCUACCUCCAGUCCCUCUCCGACCGCCUCACGGCGCUCGAGUCCACCAUCCUCCCUCCCAAGCCCAAGCCAAAGCUAGAUCGCAAGUACACGUGGACGGCCGAGAUCAGCAGCGAUGAAAAGGACGGUCUGGAUCGCAAGUACAAAUUGACGACUGAGAUUAAAGGGGGGAAGAAGAAGGAGGAGAAGUCGUACAAAUGGACGGCGCAGAUUAAAGGCAAAGGGGACAACGCUAAGGUGAAUCGGAAGUAUACUUUUGAAGCUUGUGUUGACAAUGCUGAGGGUGAGUUGAAGAAGGAGAAGGAGAAGAAGAAGAAAAACGACGUCGUUUACAAGAAGAUCAAGAAAGUGGCUGCUCCUGCUCGUGUCGUCGAGAUCGAAGAAGAAGAAGCUGAUCAGGGCGCCAUUGUGCUCAGACAGGCAUUUGCUAAGAGAGCUGCUGCAAAGAGCAAGGGGAAGAGGAAGGAGUUGUCCUAUCAAGAUGCAGCAAUUAUGAUACAAGUGAGCUUUAGGGCUUAUCUCAUUCGGAGGUCUCAGGCGCUCCGUGCACUCCGUGAGCUGGCAGUGGCAAAAGCUAAGCUGAAGGAGCUCAGGGCCUUGUUUAAUAAUUUUACUUACCGUCGUCGGCUGACUCUUAAUGCUGAAGAGAGGCAAAAGUUCUCUGAGAGGAUUAUUGUGCUGCUUCUCACUGUUGAUGCUAUUGAGGGUGCUGAUGUUAUGGUGCGAGCUGCAAAGAGGUCAAUGGUGGAUGAGUUGGAAGCAAUGCUAGAUGUUGUAGACCCCCAGCCUCAAGGAAGGUCUCUCUCAAUGAGGAGAAGAACAUUUGAUAUGCCUGAUGGCGUCAUUCAAAAGGAAAUUGCUGCAGGUGUGGCACAGGUUGUCCAAAUGAUCAGUGAGGAAGAAGAUGUAUCGUCGUAGAACAGUGAGAUCCCCAAUGGUGUUGUAUUUUCGUCGCAGGUCCUCUCUAUUUAGUACUCUCGAGACUUGAGAGCAUGCCAAUGCUUGUAAGCUAGAUCUUAUUUUAACUUUAAUUCCUGGAAGACCGUUCAUCAUCUUGUAUUGCAGGUUAAACAGCGUUGUGUAUUGGCUUUGCAUUUUGCUUA